AUGGGCAGCUACGCUGUGUUGCUCCACAUCCCUGCCACUGGCUCCAUGCUCGUCCUCCUCUCCGUCAGCCCAGCUCGUGCCCACACCUGGGUCUUCGCCCUCCAGAUGUCCUGGCAGACACUCUGCCACCUGCUUCUGAGCAGCCGGGAGCUGGACCCACAGGGUGCCAGGCCAGCCGUUGCCCUCUCUGCCAUCACGCUGUUCACCCAGAAAGCUACAUCUCUGGCCCUGGACAUCCACAAAGGGCUCAUGCCGCUCCAGCUGGGCCAAGGGCUUUUGCAGCGUGCGCUGCCCCUCCGCAGCUACCUGCUCUUUUUCCCAGCCCUCCUCGGAGGUCCCCUCUGCUCCUUCAGCAGGUUUCAGGCCCAGGCCGAGUACUGCGGUGCUCUCCCCUGCUCGCUGAGGGCCGCUGGCCAGCAGUGCCUCUGUGCCCUGGCCCUGCAGGGGCUGGCGGGAGGGCUGGCCACAGGCAGGGGCGCCGGACAGGGCUGCGCCAGACUGGGCUGCCUGUCCCGCGUCUGGGCACGGGCCCUGCUCCUCCGGCUGGCCUACUGUUCGCACAGGGUGCUGGAUGAGGCCCUCCUCGAAGUGGUGGGCUUCGGGCCAGUGGCGGGCCCGGGAGAGUUUCUGUCCACGACCACCCACCGCCUGGCCAUCUUCACCCGAACCUGGAACAAGAGCACGUCCCGCUGCUUGAGGAGACUUGUCUUCCAGCGCUGCCCAGCCCAGCCGCUCCUAGUCGCUUUUGCCUUCUCCGCCUGGUGGCACGGCCUCCGGCCCGGGCAAGUCUUUGGUUUCCUGUGCUGGGCUGUCAUGGUGGAGGCUGACUACUGCAGCCAUCCCUUCCUCGGCGCCUGGGCCACCUCCCGGGGUAUGAAGCUCCUCUACCGUGGCACAACCUGGGUGUUCACGCAGCUCAUCGUCGCCUACAUCCUGGUGGCUGUGGAGACCGAGAGCUUCUCCAUGCUCUGCCUGCUCUGGACUUCCUGCAACAGCAUCCUUCCCCUCUCCUAUGGCCUCACGCUGCUGCUGCUGCUGCUUGCCAAGAAGCCGAAGCAGAACUGAGCCUGUCCUGGGCGAACUUGUGCGGCCAGUGGGGCACAUCCCUGCACACGUGAGCACACAGGGUGAGAAGUGCUAUUGGCCGAGCAAUCUCAUAUAACAGCAACUCCAGAGAAUCAGGUUGCCUUU